AUGGGAUAUCACAUUUCUACCACCAGGAAAAACUACAAUUGGUUGUACAAAACUAAAUACAAUCCUGAUGGCUUAGUUGAAAGACUAAAGUCAAGCUGCUAUUUUAAACAAUGGCAUGCUAUACAAAUGGAUGUGACAAAUGCUUUUCUCCAUGGUGAUCUCAUGGAAAAUGUCUACAUGACUCUACCUCAGGGUUACUCAGGUAUUGGUAGCAAAUUCAGCAAAAUAAUGAUUACAGGAAGCCAAUCAAAUUUGAUUCUUCUAUGUUUAUUCAUUAAAGUUACAUCUACAUCUAUUACUGUGGUUCUGGUCUAUGUUGAUGACUUGCUCAUUUGUGACAAUAACAUAGAUGACAUAGACAGUCUCAAAUCUCUCUUAUCUCAAGCUUUUCACAUAAAAGAUCUUCGUGAAGGUGAUCCCUUACCUGAUCCUUCUUCUUAUCAAAGAUUAGUUGGCAAACUGAUUUAUUUAACAAUCACAAGGCCUGAUAUAGCUUACACAAUUCAGACUCAGUUCAUGCAGCAGCCUUACACUUCUCAUAUGCAAGCUGCAAAACUGACUGGUUGGUUUCCCUAUGACAAGAAAGUCCACUUCUGGCUACUGCAUCUUUCUUGGUUCUUCUCCUAUUUCUUGGAAAAUCAAGAAACAAUCUGUAACUGCUCGUUCCUCGAAGCUGAGUAUAGAUCCAUGGCCCUUACUACAUGUGAAUUUUCCUGGUUGUCUAAUCUUCUUUCUGACUUAGGCAUUCACAACCUUCCUCCAACAGUUCUCAGUUGA